AUGUCCAAAAUUAUCAACAAAAAGUUAGUGACCAAAGAAAUCGAAAAAAUAGAUGUGUUUACAACAUCUUCGUCUCCAUCUAUUCCAUCAACAAAUAACAACAAUAAUGAUUUAUCGGAAUCGGAAGUAUUGAACAAAGCAAAAAAAAUUGAGCUUUUCAGAGAAAAUAGCUUAGGAAAAAACAAGAUAAAGCAACCAACUGAAUACGAAAAGAAUCUACAACAACUAUUAACGACAAAUUUCGAUGAAUCCAUCAAUGAUCAAAUUGGACGCACUUUAACAUUGAUCAUCUUUAUCCGUUCCAAUAGAU